AUGCUAAUCAAUGUACAGGGAUGGGGCAUGGGGAGAUGGGAUGCUUCCCAUGUGCUUCCCAUGGGCAUGCUUCCCAUGCUUUCCGUGGGCAUGCUUUCCGUGGCAUUCACAUGGGAGACCAGAGCAGUGCGACUGCAGGUGAUUGAUGUGAUUGAUGUUAACAUGAGUGCACGGGGACAUGGAAUGGAAGGGGACGGGGGAGAAUGGGAGGGGAUGAGGGAGAAUGGGAGGGGAUGGGGGAGAAUGGGAGGGGAUGGGAGAAAAUGGGAAGACAUGAGGGAGAAUGGGAGGGGAUGGGGGAGAAUGGAAAGGAUCGGGGGAGAAUGGGAGGGGAUGGGGGAGAAUGGAAGGGGACGGGGGAGAAUGGGAGGGGAUGGGGGAGAAUGGGAGGGGAUGGGGGAGAAUGGGAGGGGAUGGGAGAAAAUGGGAAGAAAUGAGGGAGAACGGAAGGGGAUGGGGGAGAAUGGAAAGGAUUGGGGGAGAAUGGGAGGGGAUGGGGAAGAAUGGGGAGGCAUACUUCUCUUCCCCCACCACUGCGCACCAUACUUCACUCCGCUCCCCGCUGAACAUCCCCUCCCUCUCCCCUCGACUCUCCCGUCCCCUCCAUCCUCUCCGCAUCCAACGCCCUCUCUCCCGCUCCUUCCGUCCCCCAAACCCCAUAUCUCCCGCCGCUCUCACCGCCACGUCAGCGUACCGCCAUAUCAGCGCGCGAUAGGAGGAAACGGCGUGUGA